GCGCCUGUACAUCGUUUGGCAUUGCAGUUGGAUCAAGUGAAUGUGAUGUUAGAGCAAAAUUAGUGUUGCGCAAAUUAAUAUAAUUAAAAUGCUCAAAUAAGACCUUUUAACUCAUUGGAGACAGCGGCCCGGUAUUCGCAUAUCCUAUUAAAAGCACACGGUUUAAAAAAUACGGACGAUAAAAAUUUAAAAUUUGCUAGUGAUUUCACGAGACGGAAGUGAGUCCGUGCCACAUUCUUCAUACCUACAUAUUUAGUAGUGCGAAUGUUGCUUUUGUUUGUAGUGAAAAAAUAAGGCGGAAAUUCUAGAUAAGUGAAAAAAUUAAUAAGAUUAUUUUUUCGCUUUUUAGUUGACUAGAAUAAGGAGGCAAAACGAUUAAAAAAAGUAAAUUUUCUGGUCGGAUCCAACUGACUGAGGAUAUAGGCGAAGGAGUGUGAGUAGUGCACUUCACGUACAUAGUUACUUGUAGAAAAGAAAACAAGCGUUUUUUGUCGACUUUUGGCAGAAAAUCGCAACAUGGCACCAGCGCUAAGUAAAAUCACGCAAAAUCAGAGCGCCAUAGUGGGAGUGGCGGGCGUUUCGGCCGCUCUUUGGAUAAUUGCUUAUGGCAAAAUAUCCAGUAAACGUAGAAAACCGGGCUAUGAGGACAAAAUUCAAUAUACGAUUGCGGAAAAGAAAGAAAAAAAGGGCACUAAAGCACACGUCAAUGCAGUAUUCUUCAAGCAAUUACGACAGUUAUUACCAAUUCUCGUACCUCGCUUUUGGAGUGUGGAAAGUGGUUUGCUAUUUUUGGUAGCCGCCUCGCUAAUCGGUCGUUCUGUCAGUGAUAUUUGGAUGAUACAGAAUGCCACCGUCGUGGAGAGCACAAUCAUUCACAUGAACAAAGAUAAAUUCAAAUCGGCACUGCUAAAAUAUCUGGCCGCACUGCCAAUGAUAUCCGUUGUCACAAAUAUCCUAAAAUGGAGCUUGGGCGAAUUAAAAUUGAGAUUCCGAACAAAUCUAACUCAUCAUUUGUACAAUCAGUACUUGUGCGGUUAUACAUAUUAUAAAAUGUCCAAUUUAGAUAAUAGAAUAGCGAACGCCGAUCAGUUACUUACCACUGACAUCGAUAAAUUCUGUGAAAGCGCCACAGAUCUGUAUUCGAAUAUUAGCAAACCCGUGCUGGACAUAUUCAUCUAUGUCUACCGUUUGACAGUCAAUCUGGGUGGCAAGACACCUUCAAUACUUAUGUUGUAUUUGCUUUUCGCUGGCAUCGUUCUAACACGACUUCGACGUCCAACUGGACGCCUCACUGUUGAAGAGCAGAAAUUGGAAGGUGAAUUCCGUUAUGUCAAUAGUCGCCUCAUAACCAAUUCCGAAGAGGUCGCCUUCUAUCAGGGCAAUACACGCGAGAAGCUUACGCUGCUGGCCAGCUAUUCGAAAUUGCGUGCACAUCUGCGUAAAUUCCUGGAAUUCCGCGUUAGCAUGGGCAUUGUCGAUAAUAUUGUGGGAAAAUAUUUUGCCUCAAUUGUUGGAUUCUAUGCGGUAUCCAUUCCAUUCUUCUCGGAAAAUCAUCCCUUGCUCUCGGGCGAACAAAAUGGUCAACGUUUGCAGGCCUACUACACUUAUGGCCGGAUGUUGGUGAAGUUGGCCGAGGCCAUAGGUCGCUUGGUAUUGGCUGGACGUGAAAUGUCUCGUUUGGCUGGCUUCACGGCGCGCAUGACCGAAUUAAUCAAAGUGCUGAGUGAUCUGAACAAAGGACGUUACGAACGGACAAUGGUGAAUAAUAUACUGAAUGGCGAUAAUGGCUUUGGUCCAAAUAAGGGCAUUAUGACGUUCGUUGAUAAUAUCAUUAGAUUCGAAAAAGUGCCGCUUGUUACACCCAACGGCGAUGUGCUGGUCAAGGAGCUGACCUUCGAAGUGAAAUCGGGCAUGAACGUCUUGGUUUGUGGUCCAAACGGCUGUGGCAAGUCUAGUUUAUUCCGCAUACUCGGUGAGCUGUGGCCCACGUGGGGUGGUAAGUUGACCAAGCCGCCACGUGGUAAACUCUUCUAUAUUCCCCAACGCCCAUACAUGACAUUGGGCUCAUUGCGCGAUCAGAUAAUCUACCCACAUACGCGCGAUGAAAUGUUGCGCAGCGGUAAGAGCGACGAAGACCUUAUGAAAUAUUUGGAUAUUGUGCAGCUGACCUAUUUGGAGCAGCGUGAAAAUGGUUUGAAUGCCGUUGAGGAUUGGAUAGAUGUUUUGUCGGGUGGUGAAAAGCAACGCAUUGCCAUGGCGCGUCUCUUCUAUCACAGUCCACAGUUCGCCAUUCUAGAUGAAUGCACCAGUGCGGUGUCAGUCGAUGUCGAGGGUAAAAUGUAUAGUUAUUGUCGCGAAGCAGGCAUUACGUUAUUCACGGUGUCCCAUCGCAAAUCACUGUGGACGCAUCACGACUACUAUUUGCAGUUCGAUGGGCGUGGUAGCUAUGAAUUCGGACCAAUCGAUCAAGCCAAAGAGCAAUUUGGCUCGUAAAAAUAUAAAAUAAGUGAAAGGAUAAACCACAUUUAUUUGUAGAUAAAGUAAUAACAACAACAACAACAGUUAAUGAUGACAACGGGAGUAUAGCCGGUGUGUUGUCACCUACGUACGCCUGACUGUGCAUAGAAAUAUUUAAUAUUGCCGAGACGAUUCCAUUUGUACGAUAAUGUAUUGUAUUUUAUUUGAUGACUGUAUGCACAUGCAAUGCAUACAUUUAUAUGUAUAUAUAUAGUAUAUAUAUGUAUAUGUGCAUACGCACUUGGUUGGAAUCCAGCAAAAAUGUUGUUAUACAAUUUUAAAUACAUAUUAGUCUUAGGUGUGUAGGUGCGAAAACAAUUCUUUAGUGUAUUAAAUGGUGAUCUUCUAUAGCAUAAACUAAAAUUUUCCUCCAAAAGCUUUGUAAUAUUGUAGUAUCUGCUUUUGUUGCUUGAAUAAUUUGCAGUUAUCUAAGUUAUGUGUGUAUGUAUUUGUAAAUUGGUGCUGGGGGCAAUUAAUUCGAAGCGGAUGGAGCUAGUGAACUGCAGCAUAUCUGAUUUGUUUUGUUUAGUUUAUUAUUUAAAUUAGCUAAUUACGCACUAAGCUUAUUCCAAAUAUAUAAUUUACAUAAAGGGUAUUCAUAGAAAAGCGUGCACAACCCUCGCAUAUCUGCUCGGCGUGUGGAUCAGCUGUGUUCAUUCCUGUAUGAUAAGUUUGCGACUUCAGGUGUGUAAUAAAUGAAAAUUAUGCUUCUAUAUUUGUUAUUUGUCAAUGUGAAUAUACUGCCUUUCAUACCAACGAAACAAAUUAUUUAGAUUUCUCUUAAACAUUUUUUUCUACGCUUGGUUGUCGUUGUCUCCAUCUCACUGUAGUCCAAAAAUCUUCGUUUCCGUAAGUGCUUUUUUAAAUUUUAAACAAAAAAAUUUGAAAUACGUCUGAGUUAGCCAGAACUGGCGCGUAGGGUAGCGCGAACUUUUCGUCUGGAGAAGAUGCAGCUGAUACUUUGUGAUUUUCAAAUCAGCGAUAAAUAUCCCAGGUUUUAUUUACGGAUACCCAUAUAAAAUUAUUGUUGUAAUUUGCUUUUGAAAAAUGCUAUGAAAUUCUGAAACUUAAAUUAUGCAAUGAAAUAGAAAAAAGUCAGGCUUAGCAACUAAUUAUCUUGUAUACAUGAAAACAUACUUGUAUAUUGUAAAAAAAAAUAUAUAUAAAUUGUAUAAACAAAUAAAAUAAUAAAUGCAAAAAAUGUAUUAAAAAUAA